ACACCCAAAAAGACAACCUGACCACAUUCUAUGCCAUUUACCUCAAUAAUUUUAWAUAAAAAUGAAAUUAAAGCAGCAACAACAAAAAAGAGUCAAGAGACCCAGGAGGGUUAAAAAAUCUCCCGUAGAGCUCCCCCUGAUCUGGUGACGUUAGGCUCAUUCCCACAAUGCCUAGUAACACGCAUGCGCGGUGCGGCCGCUAUAAAGCUGCUAUCUGYGCUCAGAGAUGGCGGGCGCCUCCGACCCCCUGGAAGAUAUGCUCUUUUCAGAGGUGGAUGAGAAGGCUGUUAGCGACCUGGUGGGCUCUUUGGAGUCUCAGCUGACUGGGCAGAGCAACUCCGCGGGGAAAGCAGACGAAAACGGAGGCGCUGGCUCUGUGGCCCCUGCUAACCAUCACUUAGGAAAAACGCUCCCAGCUCCAGUGAGUACCACAACACUAGAACAACAACAACAACCUGAACGGCGGAAUAAACCUGAGAUGCACCAGGAGGUGAACUCUAAGGACGCAAGCCCGGAUAAAACUGUCACCUCUGCGUCGCUGAGCUGCUCCUCUUCUUUUGGCGAGCCUACCAGCACUUCGGCUGGCUGUGUGAACGCCACUAGCAGCGGCAUUCAAUCACAUGGAGCAUCCAUCACACCGCUGACUGCAUCUGGCGUGUCAACUUUGGCAUCCCCGCAGGACAGCAUCAGCACCACAUCCAGUCGGAGCGCCAAGGUGAGCCAGUGCACAGGUGAGGCGCCCGCGGAGGCCAGCGCACAGAGGAAGCGCGUCGCGACGCCGAGAAGGAGCCCCUCGGCGCGGAUAAAGAGUUUGAACGGCGCAGCGGUGACGACGAGACGGAGCAGCAUCACAGCGGUGACCGACAGCAGCAUCAUCAGCUCCGUGGACCCGGGCGCAACUCCGCCAAACUCCACUCGAUCGGCCAUCAACACUUCCACGUUCACUUUGUCCAACGCAAACCUCCCCGUGGGUCAGUCGGCUAUUGCUCUGGACCGGGGGACUCCCACCAUUGCCUUGCACAGACUCCCGAGUCACAUCGUAGCCAGUAUUGCCCAGAACGGCAACGGGACCAGCGUUUCGGCGCUGGUCCAGCAGGGUGCUCGGAUAGAGCCCGCCACAUCCUCAUCUCCCACGGGAGAUCUCAGCAAGGCGGCCACGGACACCGGAGCUUCCAAAACAGACGACUGUCAGUCCAAUAUUGUAACGCAAAGCCAGGUUGGUAGUGUGAGCUCUGUAAUAAACACUGUAUUACCGUCUGCUUCCUGCGCUAUCACACCAGCAACAGCCACUACAGCGGCUCCUACUACCACCACCACAGUGACCCAGCCUCUGAGCUCCGCUACAACAGCUGUGUGUGCCACCGCCAUGGCGACCACAUCUGUCUGUGGAACUGUCCAGACCACAGCUGUGACCUCCACCAUGAGCAUGGUCAGGCCCACAGCUCCCUCUCCAACACCUGCCGUGGCCACCCCUGCACUGUCUCAACCCCGUCCAGGGGUUCCAACGCCUCAGAGGAUAGUAGCCCCCCAGCUGAUUGUCAGACCUUCACAACAGCAGACCACCAUUCAGCUUCCCCCUGGCUUUACCAUCCCACAGGGUAAGGUUUUAUUUUGGAGGGUUGGAGAGAAUGUGCUUUUUUUCUUCUUCUUGGUGUGCAGUGUGUUUAGUGAUUUCUUGAGAAUAGGGACAAAACAGG